GAGAGCAGAGGGGAGAGGAGAGGAGAGCGCGAGACAGAGAGAGAGAGAGAGAGAGAGAGAGAGAGAGAGAGAGAUAGGACUUCCUCCCCGAUUCGCAGAGAGAGAGAGAGAGAGAGAGAGAGAGAGAGAGAGAGUUCAUCCGGUUAACUGUCUCUUUUUCGCUCCGCUACAACAACAAACGUGCACAGGGGAGCGAGGGCAGGGCGCUCGUGGGGGGCACGCCGGGAGGGCCCAGGGCGCCAGGGAGGCCGCGCCGGGCUAAUCCGAAGGGGCUGCGAGGUCAGGCUGUAACCGGGUCAAUGUGUGGAAUAUUGGGGGGCUCGGCUGCAGACUUGGCCAAAUGGACGGGACUAUUAAGGAGGCUCUGUCAGUGGUGAGCGACGACCAGUCCCUCUUCGACUCUGCCUACGGAGCGGCGGCCCAUCUCCCCAAGGCCGACAUGACCGCCUCAGGGAGCCCUGACUAUGGCCAGCCCCACAAAAUCAACCCCCUCCCACCGCAGCAAGAGUGGAUUAAUCAGCCGGUGAGGGUCAAUGUCAAGCGGGAGUAUGACCACAUGAAUGGAUCCAGGGAGUCUCCGGUGGACUGCAGUGUUAGCAAAUGCAGCAAGCUAGUUGGUGGAAACGAGCCCAAUGCCAUGAACUACAACAGCUACAUGGACGAGAAGAAUGGCCCCCCUCCUCCGAACAUGACCACCAACGAGAGGAGAGUCAUCGUCCCCGCAGACCCCACGCUGUGGACUCAGGAGCACGUCCGGCAGUGGCUGGAGUGGGCGAUAAAGGAGUAUGGCUUGAUGGAGAUCGACACAUCCUUUUUCCAAAACAUGGAUGGCAAGGAACUGUGUAAAAUGAGCAAGGAGGACUUCCUCCGAGCCACCUCCCUCUACAACACCGAAGUGCUGCUGUCACAUCUCAGUUAUCUCAGGGAAAGUUCACUGUUGGCCUAUAACACAACCUCCCACACAGACCAAUCCUCACGACUGAGUGUCAAAGAAGACCCUUCUUAUGACUCAGUCAGGAGAGGAGGAUGGGGCAAUAACAUGAAUUCUGGCCUCAACAAAAGUCCCCCACUUGCAGGAGCACAAGCAAUGAGUAAGAAUACUGAACAAAGGCCCCAACCAGAUCCAUAUCAGAUCCUGGGCCCGACCAGCAGUCGCCUAGCCAACCCUGGAAGCGGGCAGAUCCAGCUGUGGCAGUUCCUCCUCGAGCUCCUGUCCGACAGUGCCAAUGCAAGCUGUAUCACCUGGGAGGGGACCAACGGGGAGUUCAAAAUGACGGACCCCGACGAGGUGGCCCGGCGCUGGGGGGAGCGGAAAAGCAAGCCCAACAUGAAUUACGACAAGCUGAGCCGGGCCCUCAGAUACUACUAUGAUAAAAACAUUAUGACCAAAGUGCAUGGCAAGAGGUAUGCCUACAAAUUUGACUUCCACGGCAUCGCGCAGGCUCUGCAGCCACAUCCCACCGAGUCGUCCAUGUACAAGUACCCUUCUGAUAUCUCCUACAUGCCCUCCUACCACGCCCAUCAACAAAAGGUGAACUUUGUCCCUCCCCACCCGACCUCCAUGCCUGUUACUUCCUCUAGCUUCUUUGGAGCAGCGUCACAAUACUGGACCUCCCCCACGGGUGGGAUUUACCCCAACCCCAAUGUCCCCCGCCAUCCCAACACCCACGUGCCCUCACACUUAGGCAGCUACUACUAGAAGCUUAAUCAUCGGUGGCCUUCUACCUGAAGCCCUCCAUUCCUCACACUUCCUGGGAUACUUUGGACUCCAAAGGACAUACGUGGCCUUGAAGAGAAAACAAAACUGGAUGUUCUUUCUUGUUGGAUAGAACCUUUGUUCUUUAAAAACAAUCCUUUUUUUUUUUUAAAUGUUGGUAACUUCUGCUUCCUCUACCUUGAACAAAGAGAUGGAUGAUUUUCUGGGCCAGUACACCAGUUUGGAUUCUCAAUCUGCUAUCAUCUUCUGAGUUGAAUAUUUAGAUUACUGGAAUGGUUGUAUCAUGGUUCUAGGAAAGAAACUGUAAAUUUUCUUUAUAUUUUUAUGACCAAAGCAGUUUCUUAUCAACACACGGGUCUCAUCAUGGACCUUGUAGGGUUCAGUAUGAUAAAGAAUCAUGGACUUAACCAGUUAAUGCUCUGGUUUGAGACUGAGUGAAAAUAGAGGCAGGAAAGCUUAUAUAACCUUAUUUUAGGAGAACCUGAUUCAGUGGAUGGCAACUGGAACAUUGGUUGUAAGGCCAGUGAAGUUUUCACCCAACUGGAAUUUAAAAGAAAGAACAUGUGUGUGUAUUUAAGAAGCCGUGGGCAUUGCAAAAUCCCUCCCAGUGGGCAGUAUGCACUAGGCUGACCAUCCUCUCUAGAAAUAGUCAAGAUAUGAACUUAAGAAAUGUUAAUGCAAAUGCAGACAUUACUGAAAGACAGAGAAUUAAAUAAUUUUUUUUUUUUUAAGUAAUGACAGUGGGUCCCAGAACUUUGAAAAGUCUUAGGGAUUUCUGAACACAAACAGAUUCGCAAGCGCUGUGCGUUUGUUAGACCACCAGUCCAGGGUCAACCAAUCAGAAGGCAACUUACUGUAUAAAUUAUGCAGAGUUAUUUUCCUAUAUCUCACAGUAUUAAAAAUAGAUAAUUAAAAAAGUAAAAAGAAUAAAUAAACGAGUUGACCUCGGUCACAAAGACAAUUUUACUAUCAAAUCAGUCGUUAUUUUUUUAAAUGUAAUUUGUACAUCUUUUGUCAAUCUGUACAUUUGGGCUGUUUGUACGUUUUUAUAGCUGGUUUUUAAAAAGCAUAAUGUGACUAUUGCUAAAAAGAAAACAGGACGUUUGAGUCACUGACUUUACUAGAAAGAGAAGCACCGUGCAGUAUUUAACGAGCGUGCACAAGCAGGUAAAGGCAAUCCAUUCAAAUCUUUAAUGCUUUGGAAAUGUUUGUAAAUAACCAUAAUGCAAUAAUCACAACUUUGAAAAGAACAAGCAAACUUUCCCUUGUGGAUACGAGGGAUUUUCCUGCCCUAUAUAUGCAAUAUAUUUUUUAGAUAUUAAAAUAUAUAUAAUUUUUCAGGUAAUCAUUGACUUUUUUAAAACUAUAUUAAGUGUUAAGCUGACAAUUGUCAAUGAAGACUAUGUUGUAAAAUAAUUUGACUAAAUAAAUUGUGCCUUCUUCUCUCAGAACUGAGGACAUCGUCUUCUUAUUUACCCCUCAUUAGGCCAAAGGGUUUUCCCAGGGGAAGCUCCCGAUUGAAACUCUUGCACCGUAAAGACUUUUUCAUGUGUAUGUGCUGCUGGAAAGCAGAAAGCACAAAAUCAGUGUGGUUUUUAUUGUUGUU